AUGUUCAAGAACGGUCCCGAGUACGAAGAGCGGCUCGCCCGUCCCUUCGUUCCACCCACGGUCACGCUGAAGCAGAUCCAUGAUGCCGUUCCUAAGCAUCUUCUACAAAAGGAUCCACUCCGGUCCACCGGCUACGUGGUCCGGGACGUCUUCUUUUGCGCGCUUUUCUUUGCGUUCGGCGCAGCAAUCGAGCCCCUGGUCUCAAGCAACUUCCUGGGCUUCGUCCCCUUGACGUCUCCGUGGCAAGCCACGCUCGCCCGAAGCCUCUUGUGGUUGACGUAUUGGUGGUGGCAAGGCAUUGCCUUCACGUCCUUCUUCUGCAUUGGCAGGCACGGGAAGGAGGGAUGCUCAUUGUGCCUCCCCCAGCUCGGGCACGGAACCAUGUACAAAUCGUGGUGGGCUAACAAUAUCCUGGGCUUCUUGCUCGAUACGUUUGUCUUGGCGCCCUUCUUCGCUUGGAAAGUCAGUCACAAUGCCCACCACAAAGCGGUGAACUCUAUCGAGCGCGACGAGAACUACGUCCCGCACUUGCGCAGCCAUUACAACCUUCCACCUAAGGAACGGGCCACGACAGCCGAUUACGCCGAGGUGUUUGAGGAGACCCCUUUAUUCACUGCCGUGCGGAUGUUCGUUAUGCAAGCGAUGGGCUGGUGGUUGUAUCUCAGCUGCAACAAGCUUGGGGCAAAAAUGUAUCCGAAGGGCACCAACCACUUCUCCCCCUACUCGCCCUUGUUCAAGGACGGACAAAGGCUGAGCAUAUUUAUCUCGGACGUUGGGCUAAUCGGCAUGAUGUCCCUGCUGUAUCUUUUUGGACAAGCCUAUGGCUGGAAGGCGCUCGUUGCCUACUAUGUCAUUCCCUAUAUCUUAUGCAACCAUUGGAUCGUGAUGGUCACCUUCCUCCACCAUUCUGACCCGACCAUUCCGCACUUCCGUAAGGAGGAGUGGUCCUUCCUUAGGGGUGCUGCUUCCACUGUUGACCGUCCCACGCUUGGCUGGAUCGGCCGCUUCUUCUUCCACAACGUUGCACAUGAUCACGUCGCACACCACUUCUUCUCGCACAUUCCGUUCUAUCAUCAGCCAGCAGUCACAGAUGCAAUCAAAGCUGUCCUGAGAGAGAACUACAACUACGAUUCUACGAACACUUUUUACGCCCUGUACCGAUCAUUCACGGAGUGCGUUUUCAUUGAGGACGAGGGCUCGAUCGUGUUCUAUAAGAACAAAAACGGCGUAGCGGCCCGUCAUGUUGCCGAGGAUGCAAUUACAGCCAUCAAAAAGGAAGGCUGGACGCAAGAAGACCAGGACAAGUUGGCCGAGGGUGCCCUCUCGGACUCCACGAGGUCAGAGUGA